AUGUCUCAAUGGAGGACCCUGGUUCCGCAUGAUUCUUCAUGGGAUGAAUAUCCCCUGGCGGACAGCUGGAUGAAACUGGAGGCGGCGCGUAUGAUGAUCUACCAGGGUGCUCGGGUUUACGAUCAGGGCUACACGGGUGGGGAGUAUUCCAACGCGGGAAAAUACCUGGCUACAGAGGCAGCCUUUGAGGCUUGUGAGCGAGCCGUAUACUGGUAA